UCGGCCACUGUGAGUGAAGCUGAACAAUUUCCAUUCGUUAAAACUGAAGGUGCUGUAGCGUGCAUUAUAUCUGUUAUUUACAUGCAGGUUACGUUUUAUUGUCUAAGCUUAGUAUUUAGUGUAAUAUUCAUUCAAAUUACUAGUUGAUCUCGGCUGAAUGAAGGUGUAGGCUACUAUGGACUACAUCCUGAAAAGCCUGUUCUCUUCAGAGGCAGAGGAGCUAUACAUCUUAGACUGCAGCGCUUACUUAUUGAUACUUAUGGCACUUCUAACUUUUGUAACGUUACUUUUUGAGAACGUACCUUAUGGCAGGUACGCCUCCAGCAGAUACGGAUUUCCUGUCAACGUCAAAUUCGCUUGGUUUGUACAAGAGCUUCCGGCAAUCCUGGUACCUUUCUGUUUGGUCUUCUUUACCUCAGCGUCGAGAACAUCUCACCUGCCAAAUCAAUUACUAUUGUGCAUGUAUUUUUGCCAUUAUGUACAAAGGUCUCUUAUAUACCCGUUUUUAAUUCGAGGGGGGAAACCCACACCUUUUGUGUCUUUUGCACUCGCCAUUGUCUUCUGCAUAUUCAAUGGUUAUCUGCAAACAAGAUAUUUGAGCCAUUAUGCAGAGUACCCUGCAGACUGGGUUACACAUCCCUGUUUCAUCUCAGGUGCCAUCCUUUGGUUUGCUGGGUGGCUUAUCAAUGUGCACUCAGACCACAUCCUUAGGAACCUCCGGAAGCCUGGAGAGACUGGCUACAAAAUCCCUAGAGGUGGUUUGUUUGAGUUUGUCUCCGGAGCAAACUUCUUCGGGGAGAUUACGGAAUGGGCUGGAUUUGCCUUGGCUGGUCAUUCUAUCCACAGCUUGGCGUUCGCCUUCUUCACCCUGGUCGUUCUGGCCAGCAGGGCAAUGGCACACCACAAGUGGUACCUCACAAAAUUUGAAGACUACCCAAAAUCAAGAAAAGCUCUGUUACCUUUUGUUUUUUGAAAUCAUGUAAUUUUCUAGACUUUUGCAAACCAUACUAGCCUAAUAACAGACACUGUUUUACUUUAUUUCUGUAAACCUUUCUUCGAAGGGCACAUCAGAUUAUGUUUUAUGCUGUGAAAUUACUUCAUUCAUUCAACAACACCAUACGAAGCUGUGAGUAAGAAAUUGGGUUUUGCUUGAACAACACACUAAAUCUGAGGUUGAUGUAACACUUCUCUUUGAAGUUGACUCAUGAGCCGAACCAGUAUCGGGAGGGGUAUAGCUAUAUAUCCUCAUCCGUCCUUGGACCUCUUAUAAGCUCAAAGACAUCAUGUGGUGCAUUGUACAUGCUGCAAUUUUUCCUGGUGUUUUCACUUGAGGACAUUUAUUUGGUGGAAUUCCACUCUUCAACAAGUUCCACGGAAAUAAAGAUAUUCCAGGAUAUCCCUCUAGCAACUUCAUUAGAAGAGAAUUAACUUGGUUAACAUGUUCCAGUCCACAGGUCUUCUUUAGGACGAAAACCCAAACUUGUGUUGGAGCGACCCAUUAAAUUGUAUAAAUAAAUAAAUACGUAAAUAUUUUUUUUACACUAACCACAAUCUGUUAU